AGGUUGCGCACGCGCGGUGCCGGGUUUGGGCAUCAUGGCUGACUCCGGGUUAGGUGUGCAGGGCUCCCUACUGCAGCUGCAGAAGUCCUUGUCUGCCGGGGACCGCUGCAGCGCCGCGAUGGCCAGUUACCAGCUGAUCCGGGGCCUGGGGCAGGAGUGCGUGCUGAGCUCCGGCCCCUCAGUGCUGGCAUUACAGACUUCCUUAGUUUUUUCCAAAGAUUUCGGUUUGCUUGUAUUUGUUCGGAAAUCACUUAGCAUUGAUGAAUUUCGUGAUUGUAGAGAAGAAGUCCUAAAAUUUUUAUGUGUUUUCUUAGAAAAAAUUGGCCAGAAGAUCACACCUUAUUCUCUUGAUAUUAAGAAUACUUGUACCAGUGUUUACACAAAAGAUAAAGCUGCUAAAUGUAGAAUCCCAGCCCUGGAUCUUCUCAUUAAGUUACUUCGGACUUUAAGAAGUUCGAGACUCAUGGAUGAAUUUGGAAUUGGAGAGUUAUUUAGCAAAUUCUAUGGAGAACUUGCAUCAAAAACAAAAAUACAGGAUACAGUUUUAGAAAAAAUAUAUGAGCUCCUAGGAGUAUUAGGGGAAGUUCAUCCUAGUGAGAUGAUAAAUAAUUCGGAAAACCUGUUCCGGGCUUUUCUGGGUGAACUUAAGACCCAGAUGACAUCAGCACUAAGAGAGCCCAAACUGCCUGUUCUGGCAGGGUGUCUGAAGGGAUUGUCUUCACUCAUGUGUAACUUUACCAAAUCCAUGGAGGAAGACCCCCAGACUUCAAGGGAGAUUUUUGAUUUUACAUUAAAGGCAAUCCGUCCUCAGAUUGAUCUGAAGAGAUAUGCUGUACCCUUAGCUGGCUUAUGCUUGUUUACCCUGCAUGCAUCUCAGUUUAGCACCUGCCUCCUGGACAACUACAUUUCUGUAUUUGAAGUAUUGUCAAAAUGGUGUAGCCAUACGAAUGGAGAAAUAAAAAAAGCUGCACAUUCAGCUCUGGAAUCUUUUCUGAAACAGAUUUCUUUUAUGGUGGCAAAAGAUGCAGAAAUGCAUAAGGAUAAACUGCAGUACUUUAUGGAGCAAUUCUAUGGAAUCAUCAGGAACACAGAUUCAAACAGCAAGGAUUUAUCCAUUGCAAUUCGUGGAUAUGGACUUUUUGCAGGACCUUGCAAGGUUAUAAAUGCAAAAGAUGUUGACUUCAUGUAUGUAGAGCUCAUUCAGCGGUGCAAACAGCUGUUCCUCACCCAGACAGACACUGUUGAUGACCACAUUUACCACAUGCCAAGUUUCCUCCAGUCUGUUGGAAGUGUUUUGCUUUACCUUGAUACAGUUCCUGAGGUGUAUACUCCAGUUCUGGAACAUCUCAUUGUGGCACAAAUAGACAGUUUCCCACAAUAUAGUCCGAAAAUGCAGUCAGUGUGUUGUAAAGCCAUAGUAAAAGUUUUCCUGGCCUUGGUGGGGAAAGGACCAGUUCUCUGGAAUUGCAUCAGUACUGUGGUGCAUCAGGGUUUAAUUAGAAUAUGUUCUAAGCCUGUGAUCCUUCAAAAGGGUGUUGAGUCUGAAUCUGAAGACUAUCGUGCAUCAGGGGAAGUUAGAACUGGCAAAUGGAAAGUGCCCACAUAUAAAGAUUAUUUGGAUCUUUUUAGAAGUCUCCUGAGUUGUGACCAGAUGAUGGAUUUUCUUUUAGCAGAUGAAGUAUUUCUCUUUGUGAAUUCCUCCCUUCAAAGUCUGAAUCGUUUACUAUAUGAUGAAUUUGUCAAAUCAGUUUUGAAGAUUAUUGAGAAACUGGAUCUUACACUAGAAAAACAGAAUGUUGGGGGACAUGAGGAUGAAAACGAAGCUACUGGUGUUUGGGUGAUCCCGACCUCCGAUCCAGCUGCUAACUUGCAUCCUGCUAAACCCAAAGAUUUUUCAGCUUUCAUUAACCUGGUGGAAAUUUGCAGAGAGAUUCUUCCUGAGAAACAUGUAGAAUUUUUUGAGCCAUGGGUAUAUUCAUUUGCAUAUGAAUUAAUUUUGCAGUCUACACGGUUGCCUCUCAUCAGUGGUUUUUACAAAUUGCUUUCUGUUGCUGUGAGAAAUGCCAAGAAAAUAAAAUAUUUUAAGGGAGUUGGGCUAAAGAGUCAGACACAGUCUCCUGAGGACCCAGAAAAGUAUUCUUGCUUUGCUUUGUUUGCAAAAUUUGGUAAAGAGGUUUCAGUUAAAAUGAAGCAAUACAAAGAUGAACUUUUGGCCUCCUGUUUGACCUUUAUUCUGUCCCUGCCACAUGACAUCAUUGAACUUGAUAUUAGAGCCUAUGUUCCUGCAUUGCAGAUGGCUUUUAAACUGGGCCUGAGCUAUCCCCCACUGGCAGAAGUAGGCCUGAAUGCCCUAGAAGAAUGGUCGGUUUACAUCUGCAAACAUGUAAUUCAGCCCUAUUAUAAAGACAUUUUACCCAGCCUUGAUGGAUAUCUGAAAAUUUCAGCCUUAUCAGAUGAGACCAAGAACUGGGAAGUGUCAGCACUUUCUCGGGCUGCCCAGAAAGGAUUUAAUAAAGUUGUGUUAAAGCAUCUGAAAAAGACAAAGAACAUUUCAUUGAAUGAAGUACUGUCCUUAGAAGAAAUAAGGAUUAGAGUAGUACAAAUGCUUGGCUUUCUGGGAGGACAAAUAAACAAAAAUCUCCUAACAGCCACAUCCUCAGAUGAAAUGAUGAAGAAAUAUGUGGCAUGGGACAGAGAAAAAAGACUCAGUUUUGCAGUACCAUUUAUAGAGAUGAAGCCUGUCGUUUAUCUGGAUGUGUUCUUGCCUCGGGUCACAGAGUUAGCUCUUUCAGCUAGUGACAGACAAACUAAAGUUGCAGCUUGUGAACUUUUACACAGCAUAGUUAUGUUUAUGUUGGGAAAAGCCACUCAGAUGCCUGAAAGUGGUCAGGGUUUCCCACCCAUGUACCAGCUCUACAAGCGAACUUUCCCUGUGCUACUUCAACUUGCAUGUGAUGUAGACCAGGUGACGAGGCAACUAUAUGAGCCACUAGUUAUGCAACUGAUUCACUGGUUCACUAACAAUAAGAAAUUUGAAAGUCAGGAUACUGUCGCCUUAUUAGAAACAAUAUUGGAUGGAAUUGUAGACCCUGUUGACAGUACUUUAAGAGAUUUUUGUGGCCGGUGUAUUCGUGAAUUCCUCAAAUGGUCCAUUAAGCAGACAACACCGCAGCAGCAGGAAAAAAGUCCAGUAAACACCAAGUCACUUUUCAAGCGACUGUACAGCUUUGCACUUCACCCCAAUGCUUUCAAGAGGCUAGGAGCAUCACUUGCCUUUAAUAAUAUCUACAGAGAAUUCAGGGAAGAAGAAUCUCUAGUAGAACAGUUUGUGUUCGAAGCAUUGGUUAUAUAUCUGGAAAGUCUGGCCUUAGCACACACAGAUGAGAAAUCCUUAGGUACAAUUCAGCAGUGUUGUGAUGCCAUUGAUCACCUGAGGCGUAUCAUUGAAAAGAAGCAUGUAUCUUUAAACAAAGUUAAAAAAAGACGUAGGCCACGAGGAUUUCCACCCGCGGCAUCAUUGUGUUUACUAGAUGUGGUCCACUGGCUGUUAGCCCACUGUGGGAGGCCCCAGACGGAAUGUCGACACAAAUCCAUAGAACUGUUUUAUAAAUUUGUUCCUUUACUGCCAGGCAACAAAUCACCUUCUUUGUGGCUGAAAGAGAUUCUCAAGAGCAAAGAUCCUUCCUUUCUCAUAAACAUGUUUGAGGGUGGUGGAGGAGGCUGUGGUCGGCCGUCAGGCAUCCUUGCUCAGCCCACCCUCUUCCAUCUGCAAGGGCCGUUCAGCCUGCGAGCUGCCCUGCAGUGGAUGGACAUGCUUCUGGCGGCGCUGGAGUGCUACAACACCUUCACUGAGAAGAAAACCCUCACGGCACCUGAGGUCCUGGGUACUGAAACACAGUCUUCGCUUUGGAAAGCAGUGACUUUCUUUCUAGAAAGCAUUGCUAUGCACGAUAUUACGGCAGCAGAAAAGUGCUUUGGCACUGGGGCAGUAGGUCACAGACCCAGCCCCCAAGAGGGAGAAAGAUACAAUUACAGCAAAUGCACAAUUGUGGUCCGGAUUAUGGAAUUCACCACAACACUGCUCAGCAUCUCCCCAGAAGGCUGGAAGCUCCUUGAGAAGGAUUUACGUAAUAACACAAACCUUAUGAAACUCUUGGUGAAAACUCUAUGUGAGCCCUCAAGCAUAGGUUUUAAUAUCGGUGAUGUCCUAGUUAUGAAUCGUCUUCCUGAUGUUUGUGUGGACCUGAUGAAGGCACUAAAGAAGUCCCCGUACAAAGACAUCCUGGAGAUGCACCUCAAGGAAGAACUAACAGCACAGAGCAUUGAGGAGCUUUGUGCCGUUGACCUAUAUGGCCCUGAUGCUUCUGUGGAUAGGGCCAAGCUGGCUUCUGUCGUGUCGGCUUGUAAACAACUUCACAGAGCUGGUUUUUUGCAUGUUGUCUUACCAUUUCAGUCUGCAGAUCAGUAUUCUGUUGGCACAAAACUUCUUUCCCUGGUUUAUAAAAGCAUUGCACCUGGGGACGAACGACAGUGCCUUCCUUCACUAGACCCCAGUUGUAAGCGACUAGCCAGCGGACUUCUGGAGUUGGCCUUUGCUUUUGGAGUACAGUGUGAGCACCUUGUGAAUCUUCUCCUGGAUACAGCAGUGUUGUCUCUGCCACCCUCAGGAGCGUUCCAGAGAAACAUGGCCAGCUUCUGUCACGGGGAGUAUUUUUAUAGCUUGUUCUCAGAGACAGUCAACACUGAAUUGUUGAAAAAUCUAGAUCUUGCAGUAUUAGAACUCCUGAAAUCGUCUGUGGAUAAUCCCAAAAUGGUGAGCGCCAUUUUGAAUGGUAUGUUAGAUCAGAGCUUCAGGGAUCGAGCCAGCCAGAGACACCAAGGACUGAAACUUGCGAGUACAAUUCUGCAUAACUGGAAGAAGUGGGACUCGUGGUGGGCCAAAGAUUCUGCUCCUGAAAGUAAAACGGCAGUGCUGACCUUACUGGCAAAAAUUUUGCAGAUUGAUUCAUCUUUUAAUACAAAUCACAGUGCAUUCCCUGAAGUUUUUACAACAUAUGCUAGUCUACUUGGUGAUUCAAAGUUGGGUUUACAUUUAAAGGGUCAAGCUGUAAUUCUUCUUCCAUUCUUUACCAAUCUUACUGGAAGCAGUCUUGAGGACCUUAAGCAUGUUCUGGAAAAGCUUAUUGUUUCUAAUUUCCCCAUGAAGUCUGAAGAAUUUCCCCCGGGAACUCUGCGUUACAAUAAUUAUGUAGAUUGCAUGAAAAAGUUCCUAGAUGCAUUGGAAUUAUCUCAAAGUCCUAUAUUGUUGCAGUUAAUGACAGAAAUUCUUUGUCGGGAACAGCAACAUGUUAUGGAAGAAUUAUUUCAAUCUACUUUCAAAAAGAUUGCUGGAAAGAGUUCAUGUGUCACACAAUUAGCCCUUUUGGAAAGUGUGUACAGAAUGUUCAAGAGGGAUGACCUACUUUCAAAUGUCACUCGCCAAGCAUUUGUAGAUCGCUGCCUUCUCACUCUGCUGUGGCACUGUAGCCCGAAUGCCUUGAUAGAAUUCUUUAGCAAAAUUGUGGUGGAUGCCAUUGAUGUGUUGAAGUCUAGAUUUACAAAGCUAAAUGAAUCUACCUUUGAUACUCAAAUCACCAAGAAGAUGGGCUGUUACAAGAUCCUAGAUGUGAUGUAUUCUCGUCUUCCAAAAGAUGAUGUUCACUCGAAGGAGUCUAAAAUUAAUCAGGUUUUCCAUGGCUCAUGUGUUACAGAAGGAAGUGAACUUACAAAGACACUUAUUAAAUUGUGCUAUGAUGCGUUUACAGAGAACAUGGCGGGUGAGAAUCAGUUGCUAGAGAGGAGAAGACUGUACCAUUGUGCUGCGUACAACUGUGCCAUUUCUGUUAUCUGCUGUGUCUUCACCGAAUUAAAAUUUUACCAAGGUUUUCUGUUGAGUGAAAAACCUGAAAAGAACUUGCUUAUUUUUGAAAAUCUGAUUGACCUGAAACGCUGCUACACAUUUCCUGUAGAAGUUGAGGUUCCUAUGGAAAGAAGGAAAAAGUACAUUGAAAUUAGGAAAGAAGCCAGGGAAGCAGGAAAUGGGGAUUCAGGUGGCCCUCAUUAUAUAUCUUCCUUGUCGUAUUUGGCAGACAGCAGCCUGAGUGAGGAAAUGAGUCAAUUUGAUUUCUCAACUGGAGUUCAGAGCUAUUCAUACGGUUCCCAAGACCCUAAAUCUACCACUGGUCAUUUUCGGAGACGGGAUUAUAAAGAUCCCGUGAUCCAAGAUGCUGUCCUGGAGUUAGAAAUGGAUGAGCUUAAUCAGCACGAAUGUAUGGCAACCAUGACAGCCCUGAUUAAGCACAUGCAAAGAAAUCAGAUCCUACCUAAAAGAGAAGAGGGUUCAGUGCCAAGCAGUCUUCCCCCUUGGAUGAAAUUUCUUCAUGACAAACUAGGAAAUCCAUCAGUAUCAUUAAAUAUCCGUCUCUUCUUAGCCAAGCUUGUUAUUAAUACAGAAGAGGUCUUUCGCCCUUACGCGAAGUAUUGGCUCAGCCCCUUGCUGCAGCUGGUGGUUUCUGAAAACAAUGGAGGAGAAGGAAUUCACUACAUGGUGGUCGAGAUAGUGGUGACUCUUCUUUCGUGGACAGGAAUAGCUACUCCUGUGGGGGUCCCUAAAGAUGAAGUGUUAGCAAAUCGAUUGCUUCAUUUCCUAAUGAAACAUGUUUUUCAUCAAAAAAGAGCUGUGUUUAGACAUAACCUUGAAAUUAUAAAAACCCUUGUUGAAUGCUGGAAGGAUUGUUUAUCUAUCCCUUACAGGUUAAUAUUUGAAAAGUUUUCCAGUAAAGAUCCUAAUUCCAAAGACAAUUCAGUAGGAAUUCAAUUAUUAGGCAUUAUAAUGGCCAAUAACUUGCCCCCCUAUGACCCAAAAUGUGGCAUAGAGAGCGUAAAAUACUUUCAAGCUUUGGUCACUAACAUGUCUUUUGUAAAAUAUAAAGAGGUGUAUGCAGCAGCCGCAGAAGUUCUAGGACUUAUUCUUCAAUAUGUUACCAAGAAAGAAAAUAUACUGGAAGAUUUGGUGUAUGAACUGAUUGUAAAACAGUUGAAGCAGCAUCAAAAUACGAUGGAGGACAAAUUUAUUGUGUGCUUGAACAAAGCUGUGAAGAACUUUCCUCCUCUUGCCGAUAGGUUCAUGAACACUGUGUUCUUCCUGCUGCCCAAAUUUCAUGGGGUGAUGAAGACUCUCUGUCUGGAGGUGGUGCUGUGUCGUGCAGAGGAAAUAACAGAUCUCUACUUACAGUUAAAGAGCAAGGAUUUCAUUCAAGUUAUGAGAUAUAGAGAUGAUGAAAGACAGAAAGUGUGUUUGGACAUAAUUUAUAAGAUGAUGGCAAAAUUGAAACCAGUAGAACUCCGAGAACUUCUGAAUCCUGUUGUAGAAUUCAUUUCUCAUCCUUCUCCAGUGUGUAGGGAACAAAUGUAUAAUAUUCUUAUGUGGGUUCAUGACAAUUACCGAGAUCCAGAAAGUCAAGCAGAUGAGGACUCCAGGGAAAUAUUUAAGUUGGCGAAAGAUGUGUUGAUUCAAGGGUUGAUCGAUGAGAACGUUGGGCUUCAGUUAAUUAUUCGAAAUUUCUGGAGCCAUGAAACUAGAUUACCUUCAAAUACGUUGGACCGAUUGUUGGCACUAAAUUCCUUAUAUUCUCCAAAGAUAGAAGUGCAUUUUUUAAGUUUAGCAACAGAUUUUCUGCUUGAAAUGACCAGCAUGAGCCCAGAUUAUCCAAACCCUGUGUUUGAACAUCCUCUGUCAGAAUGUGAAUUUCAGGAAUAUACCAUUGAUUCUGACUGGCGUUUCCGAAGUACUGUCCUCACUCCAAUGUUUAUUGAGACUCAGGCCACCCAAAGUGUUCUCCAGACCCGGACCCAGGAGGGAUCCCUCCCAGUUCAAGGAGCGAUGGCUAAGCAGAUACGGGCCACCCAACAGCAGUAUGACUUCACACCUACACAAACUGCAGAUGGCAGAAGCUCCUUUAAUUGGCUGACUGGGAGCAGUAUUGACCCGCUGAUGGAUUAUACAGUCUCAUCCUCGGAUUCCUCAUCUUCCUCCUUGCUGUUUGCCCACAAGAAGAGUGAAAAGGCACAGAGAUCACCCUUGAAGUUAGUGGGCCCUGAUUUUGGGAAAAAAAGACUGGGACUUCCAGGGGACGAGGUGGAUAACAAAGCAAAAGGUACAGACAGUCGGGCAGAAAUAUUAAGAUUACGCAGGCGAUUUAUAAAGGACCAAGAAAAGCUCAGUUUGAUUUAUGCCAGAAAAGGUGUUGCUGAACAAAAACGAGAGAAGGAGAUCAAGAGUGAGUUAAAAAUGAAGCACGAUGCCCAAGUCAUUUUGUAUAGAAGUUACCGUCAAGGAGACCUUCCUGACAUUCAGAUUAAAUACAGUAGCCUGAUCACCCCCUUGCAAGCUGUGGCCCAGAGAGACCCAAUAAUUGCAAAACAGCUCUUUGGCAGCUUGUUUUCUGGAAUUAUAAAAGAGAUGGAUAAACACAAGACCGUGUCUGAGAAAAACAUCAUUACUCAAAAGUUGCUCCAGGACUUCAAUCAUUUUCUUAACACCACGUUCUCUUUCUUUCCACCUUUUGUUUCUUGUAUCCAGGAAAUCAGUUGCCAACACACAGACUUGCUGAGCCUCAACCCAGCUUCUGUCAGUGCUGGCUGCCUGGCCAGCCUGCAGCAGCCCGUGGGCAUCCGCCUCCUUGAAGAGGCCCUGCUCCAGCUGCUACCACCAGAGCCACCUGCCAAGCGGUUUCAGGGGAGGACUCACCUCUCACCUGAUGUCGUCAGAUGGAUGGAACUUGCUAAACUGUAUAGAUCAAUUGGAGAAUAUGACGUCCUCCGUGGUAUUUUUAGUAGUGAGAUAGGAACAAAGCAAAUCACUCAGAAUGCGGUAUUAGCAGAGGCAAGAAGCGAUUACUCUGAAGCUGCUAAACAGUAUAAUGAGGCUCUCAAUAAACAAGAAUGGGUAGAUGGUGAGCCUACUGAAGCUGAGAAGGAUUUUUGGGAACUUGCAUCCCUUGACUGUUACAACCAGCUUGCUGAGUGGAAAUCAUUGGCAUACUGUUCUAUAGUCAGCGUUGACAAUGAAAACCCUCCAGAUCUAAAUAAAAUGUGGAGUGAACCAUUUUAUCAGGAGACCUAUCUACCUUACAUGAUCCGCAGCAAGCUGAAGUUACUGCUUCAAGGGGAGGCUGACCAGUCCCUGCUGACAUUUAUUGAUGAGGCUGUGAACAAGGAGGUUCAGAAGGCUCUUAUUGAGCUGCAUUAUAGUCAGGAAUUGAGUCUUCUUUACAUCUUACAAGACGAUGUUGAUAGAGCCAAAUAUUAUAUUGAAAAUUGCAUUCAGAUUUUUAUGCAGAAUUAUUCAAGUAUUGACGUUCUCUUACACAGAAGUAGACUCACCAAAGUGCAGUCUGUACAAACUAUUAUAGAAAUUCAGGAGUUCAUCAGUUUUAUAAGCAAACAAGGUAAUUUAUCAUCUCAAGCUCCCCUUAGGAGACUUCUAAAAACCUGGACGAACAGAUACCCUGAUGCUACAAUGGAUCCAAUGAACAUCUGGGAUGACAUCAUCACAAAUCGCUGUUUCUUUCUCAGCAAAAUCGAGGAGAAACUUCUUCUUCCUCCAGAUGAUCAUAGUAUGUCCAUGGAUGGUGAUGGAGAUCCCAGUGAUGGGAUGGAAGUCCAGGAACAGGGAGAAGAGGUCUGUUCUUUGAUUAAGAACUGUGUGUUUUCUAUGAAAAUGAAGAUGGUAGAAAGUGCAAGAAAGCAGAACAAUUUCUCACUUGCCAUGAAGCUACUGAAGGAGCUGCAUAGAGACUCCAAAACAAGAGAUGGCUGGCAGGUGAAGUGGGUGCACAGCUACUCCCGGCUCAGCCACAGCCGGAGCCGGGCCCAGAGCUGCCCGGAGCAGGUCCUCACGGCGCUGAAAACAGUCUCCUUGCUGGGUGAGAGCAUAUCAAGUUACUUAAGCAAAAAUGUUUUGGCUUUCCAUGACCAGAACAUUCUCUUGGGUACAACUUACAGAAUCAUAGCUGAUGCUCUCAGCAGGGAACCAACCUGCCUUGCUGAAAUCGAGGAAAGCAAGGCUAGAAGAAUCUUGGACCUUUCUGGAUCCAGUUCAGAGAAUACAGACAAGGUGAUUGCAGGUCUAUACCAGAGAGCAUUCCAUCACCUUUCUGAGGCCGUACGGACAGCUGAAGAGGAGGCCCAGCCUUCCCUCAAGGGCCAGGGGCCUGUAGCCAGCAUGACAGAGGCUUACAUGACACUGGUGGAUUUCUGUGACCAGCAGCUUCGCAAGGAGGAGGAGAGUGCCUCAGUUAUUGAGUCUGUAGAACUGCAGAUGUAUCCAGCCCUUGUGGUGGACAAAAUGUUGAAAGCUUUAAAAUUGCAUUCCAGUGAAGCCAGGCUGAAGUUUCCCAGACUGCUGCAGAUUAUAGAGCUAUAUCCUGAGGAGACCCUGAGCCUAAUGACAAAAGAGAUGUCUUCCAUUCCUUGCUGGCAGUUCAUUGGCUGGAUCAGCCAUAUGGUGGCCUUAUUGGACAAAGAGGAAGCUGUUGCUGUCCAGCACACUGUGGAAGAAAUUGCUGAUAACUAUCCACAGGCGAUUAUCUACCCAUUUAUAAUAAGUAGUGAAAGCUAUUCCUUCAAAGAUACUUCUGCUGGUCAUAAGAAUAAGGAGUUUGUGGCAAGGAUUAAAAUUAAGUUGGAUCAAGGAGGAGUGAUUCAAGAUUUUAUUAGUGCCCUAGAGCAGCUCUCUAAUCCUGAAAUGCUCUUUAAGGACUGGACUGAUGAUAUCAAGGUUGAACUAGCAAAAACCCCUGUUAAUAAAAAACACAUUGAAAAGAUGUAUGAAAGAAUGUAUGCAGCCUUGGGAGACCCAGAGGUUCCAGGCCUUGGAGCUUUCAGAAAGAGGUUCAUUCAGGCUUUUGGAAAAGAAUUUGAUAAACACUUUGGAAAAGGAGGUUCUAAGCUACCUGGAAUGAAACUCCGUGACUUCACCGACAUUACCAACUCACUACUAUCUAAAAUGUGCAGAGACUCAAAGCCACCUGGGAAUCUGAAAGAAUGUUCACCCUGGAUGAGUGAUUUCAAAGUAGAAUUCUUGAGAAAUGAGCUGGAGAUUCCUGGUCAGUAUGAUGGCAAAGGAAAGCCAGUGCCAGAAUACCAUGCACGAAUCACCGGGUUUGAUGAGCGGGUAAAAGUAAUGGCUUCUAUCAGAAAACCGAAGCGCAUCAUCAUCCGAGGCCAUGAUGAGAAAGAGUACCCCUUCCUUGUCAAGGGGGGUGAAGACCUGCGCCAGGACCAGCGUAUUGAGCAGCUCUUCGAGGUCAUGAAUGUCCUCCUUUCUCGGGAUGCCGCCUGUAGCCAGAGAAACAUGCAGCUGAAGACCUACCGUGUCAUACCCAUGACCUCCAGAUUAGGACUAAUUGAGUGGAUUGAAAAUACUUUUACCUUGAAGGACCUUCUUUUGAGUCACAUGUCACAAGAGGAGAAAGCAGCUUAUACAAGUGAUCCCAGAGCACCACCACAUGAAUACAGAGAAUGGCUGGCAAAGAUGUCUGGGAAACAUGAUGUGGGCGCUUACGUGUCAAUGUUUAAGGCAGCUAGUCGUACUGAAACAGUCACAUCUUUUAGAAGAAGGGAAAGUAAAGUGCCAGCUGAUCUCUUAAAGCGGGCCUUUCUGAAGAUGAGCACAGGCCCUGAGGCCUUCCUGGCACUCCGCUCCCACUUUGCCAGCUCUCAUGCUCUUCUGUGCAUUAGCCACUGGAUUCUGGGCAUUGGAGACAGACAUCUGAACAAUUUCAUGGUAAGCAUGGAGACAGGCGAAAUGAUUGGAAUCGACUUUGGACAUGCAUUUGGAUCAGCUACUCAGUUUCUGCCUGUCCCUGAGUUGAUGCCUUUUCGUCUGACUCGCCAAUUUAUCAAUCUGAUGUUACCAAUGAAAGAAGCAGGUGUUAUGUGCAGUGUCAUGGUGCAUGCACUGAGAGCCUUCCGCUCACACUCAGACCUGCUUAUCAACACCAUGGACGUGUUUGUAAAGGAACCUUCCUUCGACUGGAAAAAUUUUGAACAGAAAAUGCUAAAAAAAGGAGGAUCAUGGAUUCAAGAAGUAAACGUAACUGAAAAGAAUUGGUAUCCCCGCCAGAAAAUACAUUAUGCUAAGCGAAAGUUAGCAGGUGCUAAUCCGGCAGUUAUUACUUGUGAUGAGCUCCUCCUGGGCCAUGAGAACGUACUUGCCUUUGCAGAUUAUGUGGCUGUAGCACGAGGGAACAAAGAUCACAACAUCCGUGCCCAGCAACCAGAGAGUGGACUGUCAGAAGAGGCUCAAGUGAAGUGCUUGAUUGACCAAGCAACAGACCCCAAUAUCCUUGGCAGAACUUGGAUAGGAUGGGAGCCCUGGAUGUGAAGACUAUGGGAGUCAGUGGAUAAAAAGCAUGAAAGUGUUUAAAGAAUCUCAACUCUCACCUACAGCAAUCAAUGUGCUGAUUUUCCUGAUGCACUAAAGAAAUCUAUUUAGUGGUAAAGUCUCGUAGCAGGAGUUUAAUCAAGAUCAUGAUGAAUAAGUGAAUAUUGGUAUAAAUGAAUGAUUAGAUUAUAAACAACGAUUAGAAUUAUAAUAGAAAAAUAUAUCUAAGCUUGUAUAAGUAUUAAAUCAAGAAUAUAGCAUAUUACAAGUGCUAUGACUUAGAUAAACCAGCUAUCUUAAUAAAUGGUUUAAGUAUGAACAUCC